AUGCCGCGCAUUCCAGUGCGCGUCGAGCCAUACACCUCACCGUCCAGGCAACAUCGUCACUUCAAGAACAAGCGCGAUCAAGUACUCCGCGCACUCGGCAAAGCGGCUUACAUCAAUGGCAGUCACUUUGCCAUCAUGUGGGUCUCGGCGCGCGGAGACGUCGAGACGUACGCAAGCGAAGCUCUCCAGAAUCGAUUGGACGAUUGGUUCAUCCAAAGCGGCAUCGCUGAAGAAGGCAAGUCUCUCGUCAUGGGUAGCAAGGAUGCCCCGCGCACCAACCCUUUUGAGCAAGAUGGCAACGGUAGCAACGCCGGCGACGACGAUGCCUCCGACCAGAGCGACGCAGACGAUGUAGAGGAUCCAAGUCCACUGCGUCACCAACAGUCAGACAUGACGGACGUCUUCCUUGACGGUCCCUCCUCGUCGAUGGCAGCCUUUCAGGACAGGAUCGAUCUCCGACCAAACCUCGGAAGAAGCAACACGGCCGCUAGCGGAUCGCUUUCUCUUAAGCGCAAGCACAUUGCCCCCUUGGACACUGCUGGCGCCAACGACGCUUUCGUCAGAUCGCUCAACGGUGGACGCGACGCCUUCGACCUCGAAGUUCCGCAUUCUGCGCCGUUGCUCUCUCACGAAGACGGGCCUCAAUCAUCUACACCGCGGCUACCUCUGCGAACCACGUCAUCUCGCCUGCCAUCGUCCGCUUCAAGUCAGGCUCUGGUCAAUGUUCGCCUCGAGAACGCUGCUGCUCGAACCGCAUUCCUCGAAUUGAGAUUCAGCCAGCUCCAGCAAGGCAUGUGCAAGACCGUCGCAAAAGCCUGGAUCAAGAUCAUCGAGCCCAAGAAGCAGACACGCUGUCCCUACAACAAAGGCGAAGAAGGCAAGCCGACCUGGUGGCCAGAGGGUGUCCGACACAAGGAACCCGAUCACCUGAUGAAGCCUGAAAGACAUCUGCUUUUGCUCACCAUUCUUCGCAGCCCCAAGAUCAAGGUCGCCCGUCUACAGCUCGCGACUGCCGAAGUCGUCGCUCUGAUCCGAGCGGACAGAGUCAGUCUCCUCAUGGAUGUCUACCGCAUCGCGAGAGAGGAAGAGCGCAUGCGCGAAGAAAAUCUCGACAUCGACACUUCCAUCACCGUUGGUGUCAGCACUUCCCAAGGUUGGAACGACGACGAUCAAGCCGUCGACUCAGAUGCCGCUCGCUCCAAUUCACCUGGCGACGAAAAUGACGACGGUGUUCCGGGUGCUCGCCUGAUUGCCAGCAAGAAGCGACCAUUACCAUCAUCCGUCGGUCUUAGUCGCACCGCAUCAGCGUCGGCGGCUUUCGGCACCUCGCGUCCCGCCAAACGCCCGACACUCGCCACACGCACUACUCUAGGCCCCAUCGAGAACACCAUCGAAGCACAACGGCCUCACUCCGCGGGCAAUUUGGGCAACAAUGCGUACACAUCGUCGCAGCCAUGGGCUAUGCCCGAUGGCAUCAACCUCUCGUACCAAAAGCAGCAAGCCGCCGCUGCCUCUGUUGCAGCAGCGGCAGCCGCGGCCAGUGGAUAUGGCGCAGCGCACAACUCUUACCAACAGGUCAACGGUCUCAUUACCCCAGUCACAGCGCACUCGCAGCUCAUGGAUCCAUCAUUCUUGCAAGCAGCUCAGCAGCACGCGAACGCCGCAAACGCGAUGGUGGAUGGCAAGGAUCACCAAGGGUACAUGUCAGCACCGCAGCUCUCGCAUCCCCAACUCUACCCACACAGCCCGUCAGCGGCUCAGCCGUUCUCCGGCUACGAGGGCUCGCAGGAUCACCACGACCGACACGGUGCUGCUGCGGCAGCAGCCGUCGCCAAUGUCAAUGCCGGCGUUAACAACGCCAACAUGUUUGCCUAUCCAGCAUACAGGCCCGGCCAGCAGAACGACUCGCUGCAGCAGCAGCAGCAGCAGCAGCAACAACAACAACAACAACAACAACAACAACAACAACAGUCGAUGUCGAUGCAACACGGUGCCCUUGGCUUACAAGGAGUGGAUAUGCCUGGCGACGGACCCAGCAAGGUCAGGCACCACCUACCAGCGCCGACAUGA